GUCUAGUACGGUACUUCGUCGAACAGCUUUGAAACGCUCUCGCCAUAGUGACUUCUCCGGAUCACUUCCCCAAGCACAUUGCCAAUAUCAAUGACCUCCAUUUUCUUGCAUUUCGCCAAAUUUUCAGCUUGAGGCAGCGUGUUUGUCACCACAAGCUUCUCCAAAGUGCUAUCCUCGAUCGUUUGCAGAGCGUUGCCGCUGAGAAUCCCAUGCGUGACAAAACCGCAGACCCGAACAGCGCCGGCCUCCGAAAGAUGUUUGGCAGCCAAGCACAGCGUGCCGCAAGUGUCUGCCAUAUCGUCCACCAGGAUGGCUGUCUUGCCUUCUACUCGCCCGACCAGCACCAUGCGGGAAACUUCGUUCGCCUUUUUGCGCUCUUUGUGGAAGAGAGCAAAGUCUACACCUAACCGAUCCGCCAUGGAAGUUGCACUUCAAACAGAGGUCAAUGGCAACAUCAAAUACGAAACACCUCCGAGUCCGACGCACCGUUUAGCGCCCCCUGCGUCGGGGGAAACUAUGACAAGCUUUACAGGCGUGUGAACAAAAAAGAGUAUCGGAG